AUGGACUUUGAAGCCGCAAGAAGAAAUGCAGACGAUAGACUUACUCAGGAGCUCACCAGGAUCCGCAACCUUCCUAAGCGAAGCAAAAUCAAAAUAGCUAACAAAUACGGCUUGAAACAUGCGAGUCACACAAAUGCAGGUCUGCUGAAAUCACUGGAGAUUGACUUAAAUGUUAUAUCAAGAGAACAGAGAAGAGUAGCGAAUGAAUGCAAUAAAAGACAGAGAGAAUUCACGGAAGUUCAAAGGAAAUCUUUGUCAAAGUUUCUUCCUCCCAUUGCACAGGAAGAUGAGGGAGAAAGGAAAUCAACCGUACAAGGAAAGACUCAAAGACAACGAAAGACCACAACUGUUAUUGAUCAGACACCCAUGUGGUUGAAAGGUCGAAAGGAGUCCAUCUGUGAACUGAAACGAGAAAUGCUCCUAGAUAUGACGGCACGAAGCAAAGAGAAGACAUAUGAGAUUAUUUCGAAGAACAACAAAAAGACUUCCAUCGGAGCACCGUUGCCCCCAAUUCGGGAUAUUGAAGUCGAGGUUGAUAGGGAAGCUUUGAUUACUCGAUUGAAUCGUCAACGCAAAAAUGCUUUUGCGGGAAGUUGUUUUCCAUUUUUGCUGGCGGAAAACCAAGAAUAUAACAGAGAGGGAGUUAAAUAUCCAAUAAAAAAGCCUUAUCAAGAUCAACGAGAACCGUGUUUGCCAUCAAACUACGCUCAGGAUAAUGAACAAGACGAUUUUCGAAAAAGAACGUAUAGGGGAACAGUUUAUCAAAAGAUUCUUAAGAUUCCUGAUCCUUCUAAGAUUCCUCAUUUAAAUCCUAGAGACCCUAAACUUUAUCAUGUCGUCAUGAAAGCGCGAAAAAGAAAGGUAUCCAAGUUGGAACAAGCUGAUCAUGUUGUAGCUCGCAAAAACACCGUGUCCACGAGGCACUGGAAAUGA